GGGAAAAAAUUGAGAGGCUAUCAGAAAUGUCUGUUUUUGUUUAUUGCCAUGAGAUGUGUGGUGACUCACGUCUUAAUAGUCUAGAUGAAGUGUUCACUAGUUUCUGUAGAACUCAAUUACACACCGCAGUUAUAUCUGGGGACAUCAAGUUUGUCAAAAAAAUCCUUUCUGUGAGAUCUGACCUUGCACUAAAAGUAGACAUGCAAGGAUUUACUCCACUUCACCUUGCUUCAGCGGGAACAAGUCUUCAGAUGGUGAAAUUGUUGCUCAAGGCCAAACCUGAAGCUUGUAUGUUUCAAGAUAAAGAUGGAAAAACACCUCUCCAUCUAGCAGCAAUGAAAGAUCGAGUUGAGAUCAUGAAUUUACUAGUGAAAGAAAGACCCAACGCUAUUCACCAAAAGAACGAUCAAAAUGGUGAGACCAUACUACACUUCUGUAUUAAAAGUAACAGUAGUGUUGGAACACUUGAGCUAUUGGUAGAUAAGCUGGCUCUUUCACGGAAUUCAGACCCGGAUAUUAUUUCUAUCGACUCAAAGGACAACGAUGGCAACACAAUCUUGCACCUCGCUGCAGAAAUGGGAAAAAUCGAGAUAGUAAAUUAUUUACUGCAUAGUAAUAAAAUUAGGAUCGAUAUCGAUGCACUAAGCAACUUGGGCCUGAAGGCCUUGAAUAUGUUAUCUCAAGCUGAGAGAAACGAGCUGGAAAUUGGGUUUCAUAAAUCCUUUGGAAACACCAAAAUGCUUGCUAAUGAAACUUUGUCAGAAAAGAAGAAUCAUAAAGAAGUGAAUACGCAAUCGCCUAGAAAGCGUGAUAAUGCGGAGAGGGUAAACGCGUUAUUGGUGGUGGCAACAUUGAUUGGACAAAUCGCCUUUCAAGCCGCAUUAAACCCACCAGGCGGGGUUUGGCAAGAUGACUCCAAAGUUGACUUUUAUGAUGACACUGUUAAAUUUUCUUAUUAUAGUUAUCGUAUAUUUGGCGACUAUACAUCCAGCAGCUUGGUUUCUAACUCUCAAAAGAACCUGCCUUAUUAUUCAAAUGAUACCAAGGGUUUUAUUGAUAGCCUAGUAGAACAGAUUGCUAAUGAUGACAACACAGUGAAAGGUUUAAUUUGGAAUAAUUACACGAGUGCUAUUAUUUCAAACUACAAUAAUUCAGACUACAAUAAUAGUGCUGGUGGUGGCAAUUUUUACCCUCAUCUAAUACGAUAUGCGGGAUUCCCUAUAAUGGCUUAUAAAUACCCUGAAAUCUACGUACUUUACAUGCUUGUUAACACAAUUGCGUUUUCUUUGUCGCUGACGAUCGUGUUUGCGGUAAUUUGUGGGUUUGUGCAUGAUAAAUCUGUCGCUCAAAACAGAAUUCUUGUUAUGUUGUUGUGCAUUUCAAUUGGAUGUAUUUCCAUCGGUUAUUUGGAGGUUUUAUGGUCUUUGACUCCAGAUUUCUAUAUAGAAGGUCCGGCAAGAGUUUCAGUCAGUAUAUACUUUGGGAUGCUCUGUCUCUGCGGAAUUGUCCUAUUAGUCUGGAAUGUGGUAUCAAGGAUGAUUAAGCUACACAAGAAGCACCUUACCGCCUUUAACUACUUGAAAGAGCUCUUCACUAUGGAUGCAAGUGCUGUUGGAAAAGUGGCUUUAUUGAUUAUUGGUUUAUUUGCUUACGUGGCAACAUCUGAAGGGAAACUGCUACCAAUUUGAAGUUGGAUGUAACCAGUUUUCUCGUGUUAACAGGAAGGUUAAAGCUCUUGUUUCGUAAGCUUUUAAAUUUUACUUCUAUUGUCUUAAGGAAGCAUAUACUUUUAAUGUAAUCGAAAUCGCAGUAUAACUGUUCUGUAUUCUUCUAUGAUAUUUAAAUAUUUAUCCAAACUUCAACGAC